GAUAAUCUUAACGCAAUAUUGUAACCAAAAAUUAUAAAUAAUAUAAUUAAUUAUUAUUUGUUAAUUACUAUAUAAUUACGAGUAGGUACGACGUACGGCCGUAUGUAGGAAAAUAAUAGGAAAAUAAUCAUAUUAUAUUAGAUUGGGUAAUAGAUAUGUAAGUCAUUAGGAAGUCGAUAAUAUAGUUAAUAUAGCUAGUAUAGUAGAAUAAUAAUAACUGCAUUGACUGAUCCAAAAUAAAAAGGGAAAGAGGAGAAGGUGAGGAACAAGCAUCACUGUAAUCUGUAGGUAAAUAUAUAUAUAAAUAUUUAAGAACUCCACAGGUAAUAAUAAAAUUAUAUGUAAAUAUAAUAUAGAGUUUGAAUGGCUAAAUAUAUAAUUCAUUAGUUUUAUCUUGUGAUAAGAGCUUAGAGCAGUAAUUGCUUACAUGCGAACCCAUAUACCAUAAUUUCAUACCACGUUCGACUGUCGAAGGCGCGUGUUUAAAAAGUUUUAAUUAAAUCACAUAAUAUUCGUGUAUCCAUUACUACGUACAAAUAUACAAUGGACGUAUAUUUAUCAUCAGAAUCCGAAGAUGACGAAAUUUUACUUUUGGCAGCAAUAGUGGCAGAUGAUGAAGAACGUAAAAGAAAGAAAAAAAGAAAAUGUUGGGUUCAUAGUAUUAAUAAGGAACGAGAGAUAUCUGGCGAGUAUUGUACUCUAAUGCCUGAAUUAAGAAAGGACCCAGAAAGAUUUCACAUAUAUUUUAGAAUGACUCCAGAGUGUUUCGAUCAAAUUUUGGAAUGGAUUAUCGAUGACAUUCAAAAAAUACCAACAAACUUUCGUAAUCCAAUACCACCAUCGGAACGGCUAGCGAUUUCACUAAGAUAUUUUGCCACUGGUGACUCAUUUUCGACAAUAGGUCAUAGUUUUCGUGUUGGGUUUUCUACUGUUAGUAAUAUUGUCACAGAGGUCAGUGAGUCUAUUAUUAAAGUUAUGGGACCAAUGUUUAUGCCUGAACCUACCACUAACAUUUGGGAAGAAUCUGCACGAGGUUUUUACGAAAAAUGGCAAUUCCCCAAUUGUAUAGGUAGCAUUGAUGGGAAACAUGUCACCAUAAAAUCUCCCAAUAACAGUGGAUCCAGAAAUUUUUGCUAUCUAAAAAAAUUUUCAAUUGUUUUAAUGGCUAUAACUAUAAAUUUAUUUGCGUUGACGUUGGUGGAUAUGGUCGAAAUUCAGAUGGUGGUAUUCUAG